AUGCCCUCGCUCCCCGCGUUUCUGUCUCGUUCGGUGCCAGUGUCCAGUGGCAAUAGCGGUGGAAUCACUGAUGCACCUGUGAUUCCCAGUACCCGCCUGGGUCCUGCAGCUGAUCUGCUUGAGAAUGAGCUAUUCAGAAUGUACUGGGAAGGAGUCGAGCGUGAGCUGCCAUAUUUAUUGUUGACAUUCGGGCGCUGGAAAUCACGUCAAGACACAUCGGACUUUCUCCCGGAGGAAGAGGAUGACUUUAUUUACGGUUAUGAUACGUUUCUUGAUUCAGUUUCCGAUAUCUCUCGCCAAUUUCAUGAACGCAACAAGAGAAAUCAACGAUCCAAACGUCCAGAGAAGAAAGCGAAAAAAGACACGAAAGCGCCACCUUCAUACGAUGAAGUUCUACGAGACCGUGGCUGGGAUAUCUUCGCCGACAUGAAGAGCAACAGCAUCAAGGGCGGUAUAAGAACCUCCCUUAGCGAACGCAAAUUACUGGACCCAGCUAGACGAAGAGCUCGCAUGCUUCUUCAAUCAGCGCAAUUCCUCGACAUCGACAAAAUUAUCGAGUAUCGCGAACCUGAAAAAGCACUGUCGUUCUGGAAAAGACCUGCCUCCGCUCAAAUACGGCUUGGGUUCUAUGAUGAAUUGGAUCAGCCGAUAUUCGUCCCACAGCUCUGCUCUGAAUGCAAGGCGACAAUUCGGGGAUGCACCUUUCAGGACACCAGCGACAAAACCAUCGUCAUAUGCGAAAGCUGUUACCGAGCGGCGCAUUAUGGCCAGACGCGCUUUGUCAAGAAAUACAAAGAGUGCUGUCUUCCAACGGCCUUGACGCCAGAGAUCAGCCAUCUCUUUGCAGAGGCAAAGUAUGCGUCUACAAGAUCACAGUUUGGCAAAAAUGACAGCUUGCUUCAGUUACGAAAAAAGGAUCCUGUAGGUGGCGAGCUGCUGAAACCUGUGGCUGUAACCAGGAAGCAACCAAGUCGAUUGGCACAUCUCAACGAGACCUCGCUCCCAGAAUACGGCUAUUCUUAUGGGUUCAGUAUUGAUGAGCCGGAGGAUAUUCCCAUGUACUUGCGGUCGACUAUGGAGAAGUACCCGUAUGGGAACGUUCAUAUGGCUCUUCGCUUUGGCCCUCUGAUCAUUGAGAAUGGCGUCGCAAAUACCAUGGGCGGCGUCCUUGUCACCAGUCGAGACCCGCCUUCAUUACAAGUCAUCCGUGAUCCCUCAGAAGAUAUCACAAAGUCUCUUCUUCUCACAGGCGAGAGAGAUCGUAUUCUCCAUGUACAGGAUCGACCGAGGCACCCGAAGCGAUACAAAGCCUUCAUGAAGCAAGUCGUCGGAGGUGCCUUUUGCGGUUUCUUCGAGUCUGGUAUCGAAGAUGAGCUUAUUGAUGCCUUCAUACAUGAAUCUAAUUGUCUGACCGAGGACGGAUUGACUUUUGCAGAGCAAGAAGCUAUGCUUAAACAGAGUACCAAACGUCUGCUUCUACACGUCAAAGAGUACCUCGCAUCGAGGGUGCAGGCGUACAUCUCGAGCAUCACUGCUCGUCUUCUCGACCCAGAGGUCCAGCUCAAAUGGCAUUAUCGUGACAACAAUUGCCAGGCAUUCUGUGACAAAUUGAUCGGCCGCGACAUGUUCGCUCCCCUCUUUGCCUCCAAGACAGCGGUAAGCCAACCAAUGCCACUGUACUUGAUGAGCUUUGUGUGUCGACCCGGCUCAAAUGUUCCUACACGGGCAUUCUCAAAAUACGACGUUCCAAAUGGUCUCACAGAAGAAUACCUCCUCAAGUUUCGCUAUGGACGUCACGAUGACUCUGACAUUGUGGAUACGCUGGCUGAAUACUGGACGGAUUGGGGCGCUUUCGGAGGAGGGCCCAUUUACCCAUACCAAGAUGUCUUUCCGUGGGAUUGUACAGAAGCAUAUGAUCGGUAUCCUGGAAACUGUGGCGAUUGCAACAUUUCGAAACAUGUUCUUGCAUUCCCGUUUGACUCAUGGUCCAUCGCGUCUCUGCAUCUUGCCCGAGGCCGGCAACUGUAUCCUGCUGAUGCACAGCCUCCCGUAGGCAAAUCAGCAGAGAAACGAGCAAACCCAGGCAUAAUGACAGACACCGAAUGGUUCAAGAACCGCAUCACUGUACUACUCGGCCAAGAUGUCCUCCUCACAGCUGCAGUCGCUAUGGCGAACUCCAGUCAAUUCCAAGCAUCAACAACAUGGCUCACCAACCAUGAAGACGAGACCAUGGAUAGACUCAAGCUCGGCGGCAUUCAUCGCGCACAACCUUUCAGUCAUCACUUUGAGAAAGGCGCUUACCACCAAUACUUUGUCGCCGACUGGGCCUUCCUCGCUCAACCGUUACGAGUCUUAGAGUAUGAGAAGUUCAGGGCCUGGAGAGCAACUAAGAUCGAUGUUGGUGCAACCACAUCGGAUGACGGUAGCGGGGGAGGAGGAUGCGGCACAGGACCUUUCGCUUGUGGUGCGGUAGCCGCGGGAUGUGCAGUAGGAUCUCCAGGAAUGGCUGGGGAUACGUGUGGAAGUGGAUGCGUAUCGAGCUGUGGUGGCGGUGAUGGUGAUGGAGGAUGUGGUGGUUGCGGAGGAUGA